CGUCUCUCAUCUCUGUCCGUUCCGACACCGAUCGCAAUGCUCCUCUGUUCGGCCGCAAAGGGCCUGGCUCGCUCUGCAGUCAAUCCCAUCGUGCCAAUCGUCGGUUUCCGAAGCAUCUCACGCAUUGCAGCUGCUUGGCCACAUGACACUGGAUCGACAGCCCGAUUUGCUCGGCCGACGCAGGCGCCAUCGCCUGUGGGCCGAUUGCCCAUGAUCCGAUCUCGUGCUCAGUCGACUACUUCAGAGCCGGGCUCGGAGAGUGGUACCAACAACAUGCGCAACCGGCGGCGCAUAAAUAUUGAAGAUCUGUACGCAAGUAUGAAAUCUACGACCGCGGCGGGUCCGACCGGCAUGGAUCCGUUGAAAGCCAGAAGGCGGAUCACUGCCAUCCUGCGCGAGCCAGGAGAGAUCGACGACGCAACAUACGAUCGGCUCUGGACUCUCUACUUUCGAGUGGAUCGAUCACAGAUCUUUGUCCUCUGGAACAACUUUUAUCGGGAGAUGGGCCGGCUCUUUGCAAUCACAUAUGAGCGACUUCGUGCCGUCGAAAGCGACCGCCUCCGUGCAGGUCUGGUUGCAAAGGACCGAGGGCCCAACCUGCUCAAGCGCUUGGUGUUCGACAUGAAGCGGCAAUCCAAACUCCCCACUCUGAAGCAGCUGGCUCAGUUCGUGGAGAUACAAUGCCGCUACAGCGAUCCGCCCCCAGAUGAUGCCGCAUCGAUCAAGGUCAUCAAUUCCUUUCCGGCCGUCAAUGCACUGGCAUAUAAUGCCAUGGUGCUCUAUUACAGCCCGACGGAUCUUUUCUCUGCCCGAUCAUGGUUUGAGCAUGCUCUGCAGCUGUCGCGCCACAACAGCGAGACAUUCUUAUCCAUGGCCCAAGGGUAUCUCUUCCAUGACAACCUCGACGCGGCCCUCAUUGUGGAGAAGGAUGCCGCGGCAAGGGGAUACCCCAUUGAUGAUGCCUGGCGAUACAAAGUGCUCCUGUACCUUCGACAGCAUGGCAAAUUCAACAUCGCCCAGUCGUAUGUCGACCAUCACGCCGCCAACAACCCCGAUGCACGCACACCCAAGCUUACCUGCACUCUGAUCGAGACUGCAAUCAAAUCCGGUGACAACGCCGCGGCGCAGAAGCUCCUGGAUGCGCUUUCUGAAUCACAGCUCCGGGAGCAUCUGCCUCUGUUUUCUGAACCCGAAGUGUUGUCGACACUAUAUCUUUUGCGUCACCACGAGGAUGUACUUUCGUUUGCCAUACAGCGCUACACCGCACCUACUCCAGACAAUCGGUUUUCUGUUGGUGUUUUUAACUCAAGAGAACACAUCGAUAUCCUCAAGGCCUGCGCCUCGCUCAUGUCCUCGAAAACUGAUCUCACUGGCCUCCACAUCCCCGAACACCUUUCCAUGGCGCUCAGCUAUAUGAAGGUGCUCUUCGAACACAAUCCAAAUUCCAAAGACGGCGUUACCCUCAUGGGGCUCUUUGGCAAGGUUGCCCUUCAAGUGGACCAAGUUGGACUAUUCAGUGAGGCGCUCGAAUGGUCCCAGUCCUUCACCUGGAGCGAGGAUCGAGUCGUCACCAGCAAGCUAAUCGAGAGCAUGCUUGAUCACUACAAGUUAUUGAUCCUCACGAACAGGCUCGAUCCAGAAACCGAGACCCGAACGAUGGCUCUGCUCGCAGGCUCUAAAUGGCAUGCCCAAGACGUUUAUAUGUCGUAUUGCAUGGCACUGCGGGCACAUCUCCAGAAGCGCACCGUGGACGAGACUCUCAAGUUCAUAAGACAAUGCACUCCCUUUGGCCUGCUUCCUGCCCACUUUGAUAGCAGCGUUUUGAUCGACAAGCUGCUGAAAGCGAAUCGGAUCAACGAUGCAACUUGGUUAUUUGAAUGCAUCAACAAAUCCGAUCCCGCAGCUCCAUCGAGCGACUACAUUACGUCCAGAGCCACCCCAUCCUGGUGGAUCUGCAAACUCUUUAUCCGCUACCACUACCAGAAAAAGGAGCUGGAAGCAGCGUGGAAGUACUUCAAGUUCAUGUGGGAUGCUGGUGACCUCAAUCGAAGUGAUCCCCAAGGGGUAAACGUCGCCGUUGAGCAUUUCACCAACACCAACAACCUCGAGGGCCUCAAGCACCUUUCCGUGAUGGUCAUGGAGCUGCCCGACGCCUCCAACAACUUCUUGAUGCUGUCGAGUUUGAUGAAGGGCUUGCUGGCGCUGGACGACUACAAGUCCGCCAUGACCGUCAAGGCUUUGAUGGUCAAGAACAAGAUGCCGCUCAAUAUUGUCACGUACACCCUCGAGCUGCACUACUCGCUGCAGAAGCGCAAAUGGGAGAGCGUCGAUCACCUACUCGAGGAGAUGAAGAGCCGCGGCAUCCAGCUGGAUGCCCAGAGCUUGACGGUGCUUAUGAAUGCGGCCACCAAAGACGGAAACGAGGGCGAGUUGCUCAAGUUGUUCUACUCGCUCCGAGCUUCGGGUGCUCACAAGGACCCCUAUGUGUACUACGCAUUGAUCAAGCACUUUAGCAUAUCCAACGACUACACAUCCUGCCUGAUGCACUACUCUGAAUUUCGGGAGCUGCUCCCCCAGGUCGAGCCAUCGGCACAGAUCCUCCAGCUGAUGGGUAUGGCAGCGGCCAAGGUUGGCAAGUGGGCCGAGUGCGACAUGUGGAUUGCCAAGGUGACGCAAGUGUAUCCCAAGUACCUCGGAACUCUCUAUCGCGAGCUGGCGCUGGCCUCUCUGUUUGGCGGCACCGUCGAGAAGUACUACGAGUUCAAGCGCAAGUGGGGCAGCUUGGGUGCGCCCAUGUCGAAGCUCUUCUACGAGCGAUCGUGUCUCGCAUUUUCGGACCUGGGGUUGUCAGCGCAUAUCGAGCAAACGAUUCGCGAGCUCCAGCAACGCGGCAUAUCGCCAUCGGUGUCGAUUAUCUGCUACCUGAUCCGCAGCUACGGCGUCUCCGGAGACGAGGACGGCGUCGAGCGCUGGUUCGGUGUGCUGAAAGAGCGUUCGCUGGGCUUUCAGCCGCAACAUUCGUACAUCAAGGCCCUCAUUUCCCUCAAGAAAGUGGACAAAGCGACAGAAUACUUCAACGCAAACAUCAGGCCCGGAGAAUGGAGCCCGACCGAUUUCUCGACGCUCUUCCAUGUCGUUUUUGAAGGAUGCAUCAAAUCGGACGACCACCGUAUGGAACGAGCCACACUCGAAAAGUUCCUGUUUGACACCGCUGCGAGCGAGCCCAAGAUCCUUGAGCUCGACAGCGUCUGGACCACGCUCAUGUGGUAUCAUCAGAAAAUAGGCAACCCGGGCAUGUCGCAGCUCAUCUGGGAAGGCAUCUCGGCGACGGAUGAUCAGACACUGCGCGUGUACGAAAGACUGGAUGGCAAUCGCAUCCCCAUUCCCAAGGUCUACCUUUCCGAGGCAGCCUUUUGCUUCGCACUCGACUGUUUUGGGCUUGGCGGAGACAUCGAAGGCCUCCGAGCCCUGUGGAACUCGCUGUCCAACGCGCGCAUCUGCGCAAACACCUUCACGAGCUACAUUGAAGGUCUUUUGCGGAACCGCCAGUUCAAGGAGGCCCUCAGCGAGAUCAAGUCGCGCUACUACGCCAGCGAUGCGCCCGAGCAGCCCCCAUCAUACCGGAUCCAGCCCAACACAAAGACGUUCGUGCGACUAAUCCAAAUGACGACGACCUUUUGCCAGCCGGAAGACAUCGAGGAAGCCUGGGCUUUUGUUCGCUCGACAAACAGACUCGAAGAGGUCCAAUAUGCCCUCAAGUCGGCACUGAUGGAAAGGUCACAGCCCCCUGGUGGAUUCCGAUCGAGCUGAGGUCCUCGAUGGGCAGAAGUUGAUUGAUUUCACGGGAUCGGCAAGAGCUGCCGAGUGCAGCGGUUUCGAAUAUCACGCUG